AUGGGGAAUUCCGUUCCUGACAUUGACGCGAUCGGGAUAAAAGCUGAAUCCCACCUUGCAGACCAGUUUCGACGAGAGGUCGCGCACCUCUUAGGCCGUUCAUCGCUAUCCUUCCCCGGCGCACAACCCGUCAGUUUCGCAUCACAUCAUAUCCGCGAGCUACAGGAGAAAGACUACUACGUAUGCGAGAAGACAGACGGGAUACGAUGUCUAAUGUACUUUGCGCGAGGAGACCCGGACUCAGACACACCGGAAAUCCACUACCUGAUCAAUCGCAAAAAUGAAUACAGAUUCAUACCUGGCCUACAUUUCCCGAUGCCCGAUGACGAUACGUUUCAGAGCUUCCAUGUGGACACCCUUGUGGACGGCGAGCUGGUCAAUGACACCUACGAGGAUGGGACGCAACAGUUGAAAUAUUUGGUUUUUGACUGCUUGGUUCUGGACGGGACAAGUUUGAUGCACCGGACACUGGAUAAACGGCUGGCGUAUUUCAAGGAAAAGGUCCUCAAGCCGUACAAUUCGAUGUAUAAGAAAUUCCCAGAGGAGAAAAAACACCGGGUUUUCGCGGUGGAGGACAAGUCAACCCAGUUCAGCUACGGUAUCGAAAUGAUGUUUCGAGAGAUCAUCCCGAAGGUGAAGAAAAUCCACGGCAACGACGGCCUGAUUUUUACCUGCCGGAGCACUCCGUACAAGAUUGGAACCGAUGAACAUACAUUGAAAUGGAAGCCGCCAGAGGAAAACAGUAUUGAUUUUCGUCUAAGGCUAGAGUUUCCAGUGGUUGAGCCUGAUUCAGAAGAUGAGGCAGAUGGGAUCACCGACCCUUACCCAGACUACGAUGCUAUGCCCAUUUGGCACCUCUUCGUAUUGCAUAAUAGAGGAGAGUACAAACAUUUCGGAAUCAUGCACCUGACUGAGUCUGAAUGGGAGGAGAUGAAGGCUUUGCAAAAACCACUCGACGAUACAAUCGUUGAAUGCUCCCAGGAUGAGCAAGGCAGAUGGCGAUUCAUGCGAUUCAGGGACGACAAGACAGAUGCAAAUCACAUUUCCACCGUCGAAAAGGUACUCCAGAGUAUAAGGGAUCGGGUGUGCGAGGAGGAACUGAUCAGUAGUGCCCCUGCGAUCAAAGCAGCGUGGAAAAAGAGACAAGCCCAAGCUGCCGAGGAAGAGGCUGCGAGAAGAAGAGGGACAAUGAACGGUAGCUCCAACGGAGCCAACGCAGGAGCUAAGAGGAAAUUUGGAGAGUAA